ACCCCUCGUCGCACACGCACACCCCGCGGCUCGUACCCUGUCCCCGAGCCCCUGCCAGCCCGUCGGGGCGGCGAAUGGCGGUGGCGGUGGGAGGCCGCUCGCUCCCGCGGGCAGGGCCGCGGCGCGCGUAGGGGCGGUGGGCAGGCGCCACCUCACAUCAUGCUGGCCGCCGCUUGGCUGGGCAGGGGUUUCUGGGGGCUCCUCGGCGGGGCGGGGCGGCGGCGGCCGGGCGGCGGCGCCAGGCCGCUGGCCAGCCGGCCCGAGGUGGCGGCGGCGGCGGCGGAGGGGGGCGGUGGCGGGGGGGCGGGCGGCCGCUGCCAUGGCAACGGCGGCGUCUUCUGCCUGGCGGCGGCCGCGGGGGCUCUGGCGGGGCCGCGCGCGGCGCCCACCCUGCAGCCGCGCCCGCGGCUGCUGCGCGAGCACCAACGGCUGCUGCGCGCCCCCGCCACCGCCUGGCGCCUCCUCAGCGGCGGGGCCGGGCCGCGAAGGGCGGGAGGCGGUGGCGGCGGGGCCGCGGCGCCGGAGCCCCCGCGUGAGCGCCGUGUGGCGGGGCGCUACGCCGAGCUGUAUGAAAACCCCUGGACGAUCCCAAAUAUACUGUCAAUGGCAAGAAUGGGUUUGGCACCAGUUUUAGGCUAUUUGAUCGUUGAAGAAAAUUUUGACGUUGCAUUAGGUGUCUUUGUUUUGGCUGGUGUAACGGAUUUGUUGGAUGGAUUUAUCGCACGAAACUGGGCUAAUCAGAAAUCAGCUUUGGGAAGUGCUCUUGAUCCUCUGGCUGAUAAAAUUCUCAUCAGUGUGCUCUAUGUAAGCCUAACUUGUGCAAAUCUUAUCCCAGUUUCACUUACUUCCAUGAUUAUUCUGAGGGAUGUAGCACUCAUUGCUGCUGUUUUUUAUGUUCGAUACAAAACUCUUUCUCCACCGAGGACACUCAGUAGGUAUUUUAACCCCUGUUAUGCUACUGCCCAAUUAAAACCAACAUUCAUUAGCAAGAUGAAUACAGCAGUUCAGCUAAUUUUGGUGGCCGCUUCUUUAGCAGCUCCUGUUUUCAAUUAUGUGGACAGCAUAUAUCUGCAGACAUUAUGGUGCGUCACAGCUUUCACAACGAUAACAUCUGCAUACAGCUAUUACCACUAUGGCCAAAAAACGGUUCAGGUGAUAAAUAACAAAUGAAGUAUUCCUGAAAGAGCUGGGUCUUGGCAGCACGGUGUGCUGUGCUGCUGAAGAUGGUUGUAGUGUGGCUGAGCUUUGGAUCAAGACUGUCUUUUUCUGCUUAAACCAUGGCAUCACAAUGAAGUUUGAACACAUACUGUGUAUAGAGACUUUUCAAUGUAUUUUUAAUUUGUUUAAAAAUAAUGUUGUUUACAAAAAAACAAAUAAAUAAUCUUAAAGACACAGGUUACUGGUUGCUGCCAUGUGCAUCCUGAAUAGUUUCGUACUAUUUUUGAAGUCAAAAUAUGCACUUUUCACCAGCACUUUUUUUUCCAUCUUCACGCAAGGCAGUGAAUAGGCUGAGAUCUGAGAAGAAAAAGCAAUUAUAAGAACAAAUUUGUCUUUGUACCUCAACCUAAGUCAGUAAACCAGCAUUGCUUGUUAGGACUUAAUGACAUCCUUCAGAAGAAGAAAAGCAUGCCAUGGAGGAACAGUAUCUUCAGAAAUUUAAAGUGGAGUGAUAGAAUUUUUACUUCAUAUUCAGUGGUGAUACGGGUAAGCCAUGAAGAGUUGUUACCCUGCUCCUUUUUAAAUAUGAGCAACAGUGGACUGUAUUUAUCAGAGAAGAGUUUUGAGUCCCGGAAGGGUCAGCUGUGACGUGAAGAGUCUGUACCCAAAUUCCAAUAAGUUUCUCAUACUAUGAAUUCAUAUCUAGUGAUAGAGAGAAACUCCUGUAUCUCCAGGUUCCUUAGAGCUUCUACAGAUGCUGUUUAAUCUAUGUAUCAUGGGAGGAAAAGGACAUGUUAAAUAUUGCCCAAAUCAAUGAAGAACGGAAGAAACUUUUAGAUGCCCGUACUGUUAAUUCUUCCUUAACCUCUAACUUCAAGAGAUAUUGGUUGAUCCCUGUCAGACAAGGAUGACUCGCAUGUGUUCUUUGCCUGUUCUCUACUUACAACAAGCUGCAGAAUAAAGCACUAGGCAGAACAGAUCAUGUUGAUCAUAAACUCAUGUUCUCUCUUUUUGAGCAACGUGUGAUUUCUUGUAUGUCAUUAAAAAGUGCAACUAUGAAGGGCUUAAAUAAUUGAAAUCAGGUGGUAUAUGAUACUACUAUUAUUGGCAGGAGAAAAUUUGCUGUAGACAUCUCUUGAGAGCACAGUCUCUUUUGUGACUGCGUAUGCUUGUAUAUACAAAGCACUUUAAUAUUUUUUUAAUAUUUAAACUUGUAUAGGAUGGUGCACAGAGAAAACACUUGUUUUUUAUUAGUACCUGUUUCAUAACUGUCCUUAUUUUUGUGGUCUAUGCUGCAUCUUACAGUGAAAGGACAGAGAGUAAAGCCUGUGGGAGCUUCCUUAAAACAUCUGAGUAUUUAGUAGAAUCAGAUACUUUUCUUGAAGAAACAGUUUAGAAAGCAGAGCUUUAUUGUACCCAGUCAGGUCAUUCCUGUUUGGUUCAAGUUGAUGGGAUUGGGUUUGGGGAUUUUUCUUGUGUGUGAUUGGUGUGGGGGUUUUGUGUUGUUCUUUUUUUUUAAUCAUAAAUGCUUUUGAAACAUCGCAUGAAAUUGACUGGGAAUGGAACAACACCGAUCAGUGAAGGCUCCUUGGUGUGUGUCAUUACACUUGUCAUUACUUGUGUUAAUAAGAAGUUAAUUGUACAAUUACUCCGUGGUAUGUGCCUAAAUGUUUGUGUUAAAUAAAAUUCGUCCGAGUGGUAGA